AUGGCGCUGUCGGCUUCUGACCUACCUGCGAUGUAUACACUGCUCGCCAAUUCAUUGAGUCGCGACGAGAGCGUACGCAAACCUGCCGAAGCCGCGCUCGCACAAUCCGAAUGUAGACCUGGUUUCUGCUCUUGUCUCAUGGAAGUAAUAACUGCAAAGGAUUUAGCCGCUCAGGUGGAUGUUCGAUUAUUGGCUUCGGUUUAUUUCAAGAACAGCAUCAAUCGGUACUGGAGGAACAGGCGUGAUUCCUCGGGAAUUAGCGUUGAGGAGAAAAUACAUUUGAGACAAAAACUGUUGUCACACUUAAGAGAAGACAAUUAUCAGAUUGCUCUCACAUUGGCUGUGCUUAUCUCGAAAAUUGCUCGCAUCGACUAUCCCAGAGAUUGGCCAGAGCUUGUUUCUACUUUAGCACAGCAGCUUCAAUCGGCGGAUAUUCUAACUUCCCACAGGAUUUUUAUGGUUCUUUUUCGAACUUUGAAGGAGUUGUCCACUAAACGUCUUACAUCAGAUCAAAGGACCUUUGCUGAGGUACAGAUUUUUGUACUGCAGCCUGGGGGUGAUGGAUACAGGGGAGGUAUAAAUGGUAAGAAGCCAGACCCAGACUAUGAGCCCAUCAUCAGGUUUUGGGCUUUACUCUUCCUUUGCUUUCGGUACUCGGCGACGACUGAAACCUUUAGCGGAGCGAACAAGCUCUGA